UGCCCAUAAACCAGGCCUGUGGUUUCGCUCUCUUCGCCCCCAACUUGACAACACCUCUUGGUCCACCUCCGCACUAUCCGGAUUCCUGAGCGAAAAUUCCGUGUUUGCGUCCAAGUCCCGCGAUGAACUUCGUGCUAGUGUUUAGUUUGGUGCUUGGAGAGGUGCUAUGUUGGCCCCACGCGGGCGUCUACAUCGACAACGGCCUCAACCAGACCAUCAUCGACCGCGAGAUGACCCCCGCUGAGAAGCGCGAAAUGGAAAUGGAGAUUUUGAACCUGCUGGGCCUCCCCGAGCGGCCCAAGAGGGUGAGCAAGUCGCUGAAGCGCUCGGCCCCCAGGUUCCUCCUCGACAUCUACAAGUCGCUCAUGGAGGAGGAGAAUGGGGGCCACAGGAGCGAGCGGAGCGCCGAUUUGAACCUCAGCGGAGAUGAGCAAAACGCCAUCGACGAGAGCGACGUUAUCAUGACUUUCGAGAGCAUAAACCACCAUGUCAGCAGUGUGCGUCACGAAAGGGGCAAAAGGCUGUGGUUUAAUGUGUCCGAAAUGCCCAUUGCGGAAAAUGUAGUCGGCGCUGAAUUGAGGAUUUAUCAAAAGGAAAUUCUUUCGCCGAAAAAGGCCAGAAAUGUCUACACUGUUACCGUGUUUGAACUUGUUAAUACCGACUCGGGUGAGAGGGAAUUGGAGUAUAUUUCUGCAGUUAAUACCACUGGAAGCUUCACGGGAUGGUUAAAUUUGAAUUUAACGGCUUGUUUGCCCACUUGGGUGGCUUUCCCCGAUUCCAAUAAGGGUCUCUACCUGUCGGUACAUCCGGUCGAUAAGCCAGGUCGCGAGAUAAGGCCGGAAGACAUCGGCCUAAUCACCGCCAAGGGCCCCGACGAGACACACCCCUUCAUGGUGGCCUUCCUCAAAGCCAGCAACCACGUCCAGCCCAAACGAAGCAUUCGCGACUUGAGCUCGAAACGUCGUGUUCGAAAAUCAAACUACGUGGAGAUGAUGCUAAAUGACAACCCCCAUUACGGGUCCACGUGCAAGAUGUACGACCUCUACAUCAGUUUCAAGGACUUGAAAUGGCAGGACUGGAUCAUCGCUCCUACAGGAUACUCUGCUCACUACUGCGCCGGGGAAUGCAAAUUCCCCCUCAACGGCCACAUGAACGCCACUAACCACGCCAUCGUCCAGACUUUGGUCCACUUGAUGAACCCCAACAAGUUCCCCAAGCCGUGUUGUGCCCCAACGAAGUUAACGCCCAUUUCAGUGCUCUAUUUUCAGGACGAUACAAACGUCAUACUGAAAAAGUACAAGAAAAUGUCGGUCAAGAGCUGCGGGUGCCAUUAGCAACUUGUAAAUACAGGGUGAUUCAUGAGGAAUAAUGAGCCUGACGAAAUUUUCGAUGCAACCAACAUUACAGUUGUCGCAAAAUUUGGUCACGCUCGUUAUUCCUCGUGAAUCACCGUGUAUAUAUAUUUUUGUACAUAUUUACUACUAAGAGGGCCCCUAAAUGACACAGCCACUUUUUAAGGAAAACACCCCGAUUUUCAAGGGUUAACAGAAAAGCAGAAAAAUCGUGAAAACACCCCCGUUUUUAAAGUUUUAUUUUAAAAUUAACAUUUUUCAAAGAUUUUACUCUGUUUUUAAGGUAUAUUUAAAAACAGAUAUUUCAAAGAUUCUGUCCUGUGAAAUAAGUUGAUGUAAAAACUGUAUUUAUUAAUAAAUUAGGAUUAUAUGCGA